AUGACGCCGAACACAAGAACAUUGGUGAAUGCUGCAUCAGGAGGGUCCUUAAAAACAAAAACUCCAGAGGAAGCCUUGGAAUUACUAGAGUCUCUAGCCUCUCAGGAGUAUGAUAAUGCUCCAGUACCACAGAGAAGAGCGGGGAUUAUGAAGCUUGAUGGCUAUGAUGCCAUCUUAGCUCAGAAUGAACAGAUUUUACAAAUUAACAAGAAACAACAAGAACAACUAGAUGCUCUCACAAAGCAAUUUACAAGUUUUCAAGUUUCUUCUGUUAAUACUCCUGCUAUCAUUUGUGAUAUUUGUGCAGGUACUCAUGCUACUGAAGACUGCCAGGCACCCGAAACUGCAUAUGUUAAUGGAAUUUGUUCGAACCAUCAGCUGAAUCCUCCUAUGCCAGUGCAACAACAACCUCCACAACAAUCAGAAUGGGAAAAGGCCUUUGCACAACUAUCCAAGACCACAUCAGACUACAUUCAAAGUUCCAAUAAUUUCAGAGAGGACACUUCAGCCUUUAUGCAAGAGACAAGGGCCUCAUUCCGGAAUCAAGAAGCUUCUAUCCGGAAUCUUGAAACUCAGAUUGGCCAGCUAUCAAAGCAGUUCACUGAAAGAGUUCAAGGAACUUUUCCAGGAAACACUAUUCCAAAUCCAAGUAGGGAACACUGCAAUGCGAUUACUACUGUGAGUGAGAAAGCCAUUGAACCUGUGAAAGAGUUCAAAUGGGAGAAAAAAAAAGCUCAAGAAAGGCAAGAAAAGCCAUUGGAGCUCUCACCUUAUGCAAAGAUUCCAUAUCCGCAGAGGUUCAGAGAGGAAAUCAAAAAGCAGCAGUAUUCCAAAUUCCUUGACAUUUUCAAGAAGCUGCAAAUCAAUAUCCCGUUUACUGAGGCCUUGGAGAACAUGCCCAAUUACGCAAAGUUCAUGAAAGAUCUUCUAUCACGAAAGCGUAAGCUACAAGAAUGUGAGACGGUGACGCUGACAGAGGAAUGCAGUGCCAUUAUCCAGAAAAAGUUGCCUCCAAAGCUUAAAGAUCCAGGAAGAUUCAGCAUUCCAUGCAACAUAGGCAAUAUGGAAGUGAAAAAUGUUCUAUGUGAUCUCGGUGCCAGCAUCAACGUGAUGCCACUAUUUAUGAUGAAGAAACUGGGGAUCACUGAAGUAAGGCCAACCAAGACAAUAGUUCAACUGGCUGACUGCUCUACAAAGCAAGCUUAUGGCAUUAUUGAGGACAUACUGGUAAAGGUUGACAAAUUCAUCAUUCCUGUUUAUUUUGUCAUCCUUGAUAUAGAGGAAAAUUUUACUAUUCCUAUGAUCUUCGGAAGACCUUUCUUGGCAACCUCAGGAGCGCUGAUUGAUGUACCAAAAGGCGAGUUGAUCUUACGGGUAGACGGGGAGCAAGCAAUUUUCAAGUUCUUUGAUAAAGAAGUUCCCUCACCUAUAAUUCAACCGGAAGAUCAAGAUGCUGAUAGAAAUGAUAUUGCACCCACUACUGAAAUUGAUGAGGAUUGA